AUGCUGGCGCUAGUAAAAGUGGUCACUAGAAAUGCCUCGGAACGUCCGUUUGGCGUUUCAAAUGUCCAAGUUUUUCCUUUUUUGUCGGAGUUUUUCAUGGCCUUUUCGAAGUGAUUCCGCAAAAUUCACGGUCAGACAGUGAAAAAUAACUCAAUCUUAGAGAGUCAAAUAAAUGAAAUUAAAUUUCGUGAAAGUCACUUUAAACAAGGCGUUACCUUCUUUUCUUAUUAUUCAUUGCAUUUUUACAUAAUAGUUCCUCAAACUGUUUGAAAUUUUGUCAUUUUCAAGAAUAUGAUAUGAAAAAACAUACAAUUAGGCUAGAAAGAAUUUCGGAGCGAUCUUGAAAUUGAAAAAAAAAACUCUAAUUUACUUAUUACACAAUCUAAAAACAUAUUAUAUAGGUAAAUUACCUGCCAUCUAAUAAGUUUUCAUAAAUAUAAAAAUAAUUGACAGAUAGAAAGCAGGAAUAAAAAAACCUUGUAUGGCUGUUUGUUUAAUUAAAUUCGGGAAACCAUCAAAAAAACUAGGAAAAAUAAAGUAAUUCACAUUGUUUAUAUAAAAAAAUUUCAAACCAGUUUAUGCGAAUUAUUUUUUUCUACAAUAAGACAGAAAAAUUUUUUUAAAAAAACUGCGGGAAAAAACCAGAGAGCCCAAAAAAAUUAAAAAAACUUUGAACUUUAAAAAGUUUUUUUUAGUGUCACCACUAGCUCUACCUUUCACGUCUUACAACCCAGAACUUUUAUUUAAAAUAAAAACUUAAUUCUCUGCAAAAACGUGAACCCCAUUUUCUUGAUACCGAAAAAAUAAAAUCCACAAAAAACCACGUGGCAACGUGUCAUUUCUUAUUUUAUGACCAGGGUUCAAUCAUCAUUUCUUCUUUCCUCACGACUCCGUCUCGCUUCUUCAACGUCAAGAUAAGUUUUGAUCCACUUUAAAAGUUCUAACAGCCAAAAUAGUUUUCUGAGCUAUAAGCGCUAGUAGAUUAGGCCCGCGGGACUCCCGGAGUGCCGAUCCUUUUCGCUUGCGAAUUGGAUACGCAAAGUCAAGCUGAAGCCCAUUCCUGUGGCCGAAGCAGAAACUGUUGGCAGCGCGAUACUGACAAAGCGAUGAUGGGACCCCCGCGGAAAAUGCCGUCACGGCCUUCGGCGUCUAGGAUUAGUUCUAACAAGGCCGAGCGGAGCUCUAGCGCACCGCCUAGUUAGUUCUUCUAACUCGAUAAAGCUUUUCUAACUGACUUAAGAAUUUUCAUGGCUAAUCAGAAAAAAUUGUGAUUCCAAUGAUGCAAUCGACUUGUUUUUUUCAAUCUUGAACUUAUUGCAGAUUCUUACAACGAACUUGUUCUCUUCUGUCCAUGGAGGCUCAACGACAACUUCAAAUAG